UGAAAUGACAAUCUCUUUCUCUCUGAGCCCCUUUCACCGCCCGUGCACCAGGAUUACAAACGGAGGUUGGCUGCCUGUUGCCAAGAGGGAAGCUCUGGAGUCCAGGUCAUGUAGAAGAGCAGAUUUCAUAUGAAGAUGGGAUUGUUGGUGUUUAUGCGUAACCUGCUGCUAGCCCUUUGUCUCUUUCUGGUACUUGGAUUUCUUUAUUACUCUGCAUGGAAGCUGCACCUUCUCAGAUGGGAGGACACAAAUUCAGUGGUUCUUUCCUUUGACUCCGUUGGACAUACAGUAGGCUCAGGAAGAGGAGAGAAAAAAACUGAGACUUUUGUUCUUCUUUCGUCCAUACCAUCACACCUUGCUGCGAACCCAGGAACUGGCAGUGCCCAGAAAGAAUCUAUAGCUGCACCAGCCCCAGCCAUUCUGAGUAGGUGUUGUUUCAGGUCGGGGUAUAAAAGGCGGAAAAAAUAUGACAAACUGGGCUUUCUUCUGAAGCUGGACUCAAAACUGCCUCCAGAACUAGCAUCAAAGUAUGCAAAUUUCUCUGAGGGAGUUUGCAAACCUGGGUAUGCAUCAGCGCUCAUGACUUCCAUCUUCCCAAAGUUCUCCAAGCCAGCACCAAUGUUCUUGGAUGAUUCCUUCAAAAAGUGGGCACGGAUCAGGGAUUUUGUACCUCCCUUUGGAAUUAAAGGACAAGAUAAUCUGAUCAAAGCCAUCCUGUCAGCAACCAAAGAAUAUCGCCUCACUCCAGCCCUUGACAGUCUCAGCUGCCGGCGAUGUAUCAUUGUGGGAAAUGGAGGAGUGCUUGCAAAUAAGUCAUUGGGGUUGAAAAUUGAUGACUACGAUGUUGUCAUCAGGCUGAACUCUGCUCCAGUGAAAGGCUUUGAGAAAGAUGUGGGUGGCAAGACAACGCUGCGGAUCACAUACCCUGAAGGGGCCAUCCAGAAACUGGAGCAGUAUGAGAAGGACUCCUUCUUUGUUCUGGCCGGAUUCAAGUGGCAGGAUUUCAAGUGGCUCAAAUACAUUGUUUACAAGGAGAAAGUGAGUGCAUCUGAUGGAUUUUGGAAAUCAGUGGCUACCCGUGUCCCAAGAGAACCUCAUGAGAUUCGCAUCCUGAAUCCGUACUUCAUCCAGGAGGCAGCUUUCAGCUUCAUUGGCCUGCCUUUCAACAACGGCCUGAUGGGCAGAGGGAACAUCCCCACCUUGGGAAGUGUCGCCAUCACCAUGGCACUGCACAACUGUGAUGAGGUAGCAGUAGCUGGAUUUGGCUAUGACAUGAAUUCACCAAAUGCACCACUGCAUUACUACGAGAGCGUCCGGAUGUCUGCCAUAAAGGAGUCCUGGACGCACAACAUCCAACGAGAGAAGGAGUUCCUGCGAAAGCUGGUGAAAGCCCGAGUCAUCACCGACCUCACCAGUGGAAUCUGAGUCCUCCCAGACCCCGCGGCAGAGGGAGGCGAGAGAGGCACGCUACAGCCAAGGGAGCAGGCAGUGGGAGAGCCACACAGGAAUCCCAACGCAAAGGAAACACAAGAAAUGCACAGGUGCUGUGUGAGAGACUUCCCGGAUCUCCAGUCGGCACUAGUGCUGCACCUGCUGCGUCCCUCAUGGGGCUGGCAGGGGAGAGCUGGGAGUGGGGCUGAGGGCGGUUUCUUGACCUCAGCUCUGCAGAUAGAACUUUUGUGUCUAGAAUUCGCUGGAAAAGCCUGAGGAGAGACGGGAAGACAGGUCAGUGACACACAGCAGAGCGUGCCAAACAGGAGCGGUGCUGGCUGGGGCAGCACCGCCUGAAUGUACAAAGUAGUAUUUUUAAAAGAAAUGUUGAAUCAUGCUAAUAAUAUCAUGGUACAAAGCGAAGACUGGCUUGUGCCCACCUCCAGCAGGAGCCAGGCCUCCCCACAUGCAGGCCGCAGCUCCUGGCCUCAGUCCUUGCCCUGGGAAAACAACUCCGUCCAUGACUUCACUCCUGUUGGUGCUGCUAUAAUUUAAAGGGACACUGGCCUUCCGCUGUUCUCCACCCAGGCUGCUGGUGGGAGCUGAGCAUGGGUUUAUUUUUCUGCACUUUCCUUGCUUCCUGCAUAGGAGCUGGAGCUGCCAUUUAUCCAGCUGCAUUUUCCACAGCUGUUUGCCCCACCCUGGCUCUGCCUUGACCUGAGCUGGAGCCAGGGGCCAACUGCCUCCUCGGCCUUGUGUCCUGGAGGAGUGGGAGACAGGACCCUGCCUGGUGCUGAGGGGUGCUGGGCCCUCGAUCUGAGCCGGCCGGGCAGCGCGCCAUGGGCCGGUGGAUCUCUGUUCAGUGGUACCAGGGUUUCUCAACAGUGUCAUACUUUAUUUUUAUGUGGGGAGAGGGAUAAUUUAUUUUGAGGGAGAUCAGAGUUCAUGUUGCAAUCCAAAGCUUCACAGUGUUCAGCAGCAGAUAGCUACAGCGGGGUUCAUUUUCUGUUCCACACCUGGUCUUGUUCCCUGCUAAUGACUCCUUGAUGAUGGACCCCCCUGGCAAGGGGCAGGGGAGCAACCUGACUGGAAACCUUCACUUCUCAUCCCCUCUCCAGGCAUUUCACUUUUUAUUUCCUGGCUGCUCCCACGUGGCUGGGCCGCUGCUGUCAGCGGGGUACAAGUGUGUCCGGCGCUUUGCCAGCGUGGCUUUCGCAGGCAGUAUUUGCACAUUUGGGUUCUGUCCCUUCUGCAGAGAAGGUGGCAAUAGACUGAGUAAAGCACGCGGCUGGGUGAGGCGAGAGCUGGCCUCAGUUAUUCUGUGUCUGUGCAGAAGAGAGGGGCACUUGGGAGGGGAUGGACGCUGAGCGAUGUAACUAACCUUUCCCUCCUGUACUGUAAUGUGAAUACAUCAGGCUGUGCUAUGCGACAGCGUGUGCUCUGGAUCUGAGCCUCAGGGCAGAAAUGGACUGGCUACUGGUCUGGGAUAACCUGGCCCCACUCUUCUCCUCCUGCCAGCUUCACUUCUUGUGCUGGUUGAUUUGGGUGCUGGAGAGGAGGCCGUGCAGAGGUCACAAACCCAAGGCAGAGAAGGAGCCUUGGGGGUCCCUGUAAUUCGUUUCCAGAGGGGUCAGGGUCUUGCUCUGGAUUGCAGAGCGAGAACGUGGGUCCAGGAUGUGUAACUAGCCCAGGACAAGGGGCACGUGAAGCAGACCAAAGCCUGCAGCUCAUCUCCUGCUCUUCCAGCCUUUCCUUGGGCAGGGCCCGUAAAUGUGGCGAGGGAGGUUUGCCAGCGCAGGACAUGCUGCCUGGGUCAGAAGACAGAACCAGCAAUGGGCGAGUUGAGCUGUGUGAGGGGCUGGUGCAGUAGGCGCUGUUGCCUGCAGGGGGUAGAGGCGAUGCCUGACACAGGCCUGGUGAGAUGUGGCGUUGGGUGCUGGCAUGGGCUGCCCUCGGCAGCGCUGCGCUUCUGUGCUCCCGGGUGUGCGCUGCCUGCUCAGAUCAGUGCAGGGCGAAUGAGCCGUCUCCUGGCAGCUCCCAGUCUUGGACAGCACCUUGGCUUUGUGUCCAGGCCGCUCCCAGUGUGUAUUCUCUGAACAGCUCACAGAGCCCUGGCCCUGCUCCAGUCCCUCGGAGACAAGGCAGCUGGGGGUCCUCUCCUGCUCCUCUCUGGAGGGUGGGUCUGUCUGUCUAAGCCUCCCUGCUUCCUCUUUUGCCUCUGGCUCUGAGUCCAUCCCUCCCCAGGCUGCUGUUCGGAGGAGUUUGCAGGACACUGAGCAUGUGCUGUGCUGGGAGCUCGUUUGAAUAUUCUCCCGAGUUGUUUUUCCUGUUCCAUUCAGCCCAGGGAUUGUGUUUCAGUAAAUGUCACACGCAGAAGUUCACACUACAUUUCCUAGUCGUCCAAAGCAACCCUGGUAGGUGGGGCAGAGUCCCCAGCCCAGCCCUCCUGCUCCCUCCGCCUGCCCUGCUCAGAGGGGCUCGGCACCUCCAGGUGCAUCCUCCCUCCACAUGUGCUACAGCAGAGUGGGAAGCGCUCGCCCUGGGAGCUUGGGAGGUUUGUCCACGUGCUCUCCAGGCCGGACCAGACUCACUUCCCUCCUUCUGUCACGUCAGUGCCGUUGUUAUUACCUUUGCGGUAGGGCAGGCCCCACCAGCCGGGCAGUGCAGGUGCAGAGAGCUGGCUCAGGGCCCGCAAUGGGCACUGUUGGCCAGCCAGCCGCAGGAGAUGCUUUCCUCACACCUGUGCCAGGCAGGUGGCAGUGGAGCAGAGGAGAGGAGCUGCUUAUGUUACACAACAGGCCUGCGUGCUGGACCCCUUCCCACCCUCAGCGAUUGUCUGACUUCUUGUAUUACACCAGCCAUAGCACAUCCUCAGACCAAUUCCUGCUGCAACCAGGGCAGCUCUUUGCAAAACGUCCCCUCUAGAUGUGCAAGUUGCCAGGCCAGGAAUGUGAGGAAGGAAAGUGACUUCCUUCGGCUCACCCUGUUCUUCAGCUGGGUCACCUGCAUAGCACCCUGCUAUUGAUCCUUCUCAGAGCGGUGAUCAGUCCCCCAAGACCUCUUCUGCCCUGGACUGAGUGCAACGACACUGGCCCCUGAUCCUUUCAGUGCCGGAGCAAACCAGCCGCAGCCCCGGUAUGUGUGCGAGGAAGGGGCCCCAGGGGAAGUUGCCCCUCAGCGUGGUUCUAGGUGGGUUUUGUGAGCGAUGCUCGUGCACACCCUUCCUGCCACCUCCAGAUCCCUUGAUCCUUAACAGGUGCAGACAAUGGUAGACUGUAGCCCUGCCAGCCUGGCCUGCUCCCGCCCGGGCACUGCAGCUACGGUGCUGCUGAUUCAGAUCAGCGUAGUGCUGAGCAGCCCCAGUCACGGGCCUGGGCUCCGUUAUGGUAGGUGCUGGACAAAAUGAAUAGAAGGACAAUCCCUGCCCCGAUCUAAGUUAAGCCAAGAGACAACGGAUGGAUAUGGACAGACAAGGGAGCACAAGGAAACAGUGAGACAUGGGUCAGCAUGAGCGGCCCUGGGCUCAGCACACCCCCCAUAACCGUUGUCAGGUUGCUUGUUGAUGUCACGGCAAAGAAGCAUUUUAAGGGGGACUUUGCCCAUGCUCGUCGCCACAGGAGUGAGCAUUAUGCCAGGGCUAUCCCCAUACAGGCCUGUGCCCACUGUCCCUGUGGCAGUCAGGACUAAGGGGUUUCUUCUCCUUUCCUCUACCCACUGCUGUGCUGCCAGCUUGCCAGUUCCCAUACUUCUGAGUCCAAGGUCCCUUUGCUCUGUUCUCACCACAGCUGGAGCUGGCUGUGCGCAGUACCGGUGCAGUGCGAUGCUCAGAGGGCCAGCGGCAUGGAGCUGGGUGCUGCAUGAAGCAUUUCGAGUCAGACUGGCCCUUUGAGCUGCUGGCCAUGUGCUCUGUGACCCAUCUGUCUAUCAAGGUGGCCUUUCUGAUAGCUAGAACAUCAGCCAGAAGAGUCAGUGACCUGGGAGCACUUACAGCGGGUCCACCAUGUACUCCCUUCUAUAAAGAAAAGGUCAGAUUCAUAUCCAAGGUAGUUUCGUGAGAGCCAGGUAAUCCAAGGCCGGUGCAAGGAAGUUCUGCGCCCUAGGCGAAACUUCCACCUUGCACCCUCCCAGCUAAACCCACCCCCCCAUGGCAGCUAAUUCAGCCCCCCACCCGGGGAGCCCCCCCCCACAGCAGCUCCCCCCCCACCGCCACAGCUAACCCCUCUCCCCUCUGUCCCCCCGUGGCAGCUAACCCUGCCUGGGGAGACUCCCCCAUCCCCCCCCACAGCAACUAACCCUGCCUGGGGAGACCUCCCCCGGCGGAAGCUAACCCUGCCUGAGUAGCCGGCCCCAGCUCACCUCGGCUCGGCCUCCUCCCCUGAGCAUGUCGGCGCUGCUCUAAUUCUCCUCCCCGCCCAGGCUUGCAGCGCUGAUUGGUGGAGACUUAGAGCUGGGCUGUGUGCUCAGCGGAGGAGGCAGAGUGGAGGCGAGCUGGGGCGGGGAGCAGUUCCCCUGUGCGCCCCCCCUCGUUAUUGCGGGCAACCCUCCCUGCGCACCCCCCUACCCAGCUCACCUCCAUCUCCUCCCCUGAGGGGGCUUUUAAGUGCCCCCAACCACUAGGCGCCCUAGGCGGCCGCCUAGUUUGCCUAAAUGGUUGCACCAGCUCUGAGGUCAUCAUACUUUUUCUAAGCUACAUGCCUUGGAAUAGGAGAGAUCUCUGCAGCCUCUGGACUUCCCAAGGGCUUGGCUUUUUAUCUGCAAAGAACAAUGGAUGUUAGAAAGGCACCUAAGCGAUUUGUUUCCGUAGCAAAGUGAUCAAGAGGUCAACCUAUAUCAAUGCAGAGACAUUUGAAAUGGAUCUUGGGUUAUAUUGCCUUUUGUUAUAGAAUCAUAGAUUAUCAGGGUUGGAAGGGACCUCAGGAGGUAUCUAGUCCAACCCCCUGCUCA